UAUCACCCCCGCACAUCUUCUACACCGGGGUACCCUGCGAAUCCUCGAAUGCUUUUGGCUAGGUUGUACUUGCAACUCGGAAUAUUCCUUGAUUAUUAUACCGGUGCACAUGAACCGAGCCUGAGCGCUACGCUCCGUACCCGGGCCCCGCCCAUUCCAAUCGAUGAACUCACCCUCAAACAUAAGAUUUUAUUUCCCCAGAUGAAUGUUACCGGUGCCUGGCCCCCCACUCUAUUUGUCCAUGGCGAGAUCGACACGGCAGUUCCCGCGGAUGAAUCCCGAUACCUUCAUUGCUCACUUCUAGAUGCCGGUGUUAAUAGCGAAAUCAUGGUGAUAGACGGGAUGGAACAUUCAUUUGACUAUGCGCCAGAGAGCGAGGAAAAAUUCGGAGGCCUUUUCGAUCACAUAGCCAUCUUUUUUGGGGAUAAAUUAAAUGCAAUUCGGGAGGACUUAAUUAACAGUGCGCAGUGUAGCCAAUAUUGGCCAUCCGAUUGGGGCCGUGGACGUCGCGAUUUCUGCCGAGUAUACCGAGAACCUAAUGUAUUCAGGAACGAUGAAAUUCGGAGACUUGCGGGGCGCAACAAUAUUGCAAGUCGGCAGACAUGA